CCGCCCCGCCCCGCCGCCCGCCGUCCGCGUCCGCUCGCCCGGCCCCCCGGGUCUCGCCGGCUCUCGGGCCCGCCCGAGAAGACGUGGAGCGCCGCGGCAGCCGAAGAUUUUUUGAAGAUGAAAGUGACCUUAUCAGCUUUGGAUACUUAUGAGACUUCUUUCACACCGUUGGUGGUUAUAGAACUUGCUCAGGAUGUCAAAGAAGAAACCAAAGAAUGGCUGAAAAAUAGAAUUAUUGCUAAAAAGAAAGAUGGAGGUGCCCAGUUGUUGUUUAGACCAUUGUUAAAUAAGUAUGAGAAAGAGACAGUAGAAAAUCAGAAUUUAUAUCUUGUUGGUGCCUCCAACAUUAGAUUGUUACUUGGGGCAGAAGCAGUGGGAUUGGUCAAAGAGUGCAAUGAUAACACCAUGAGAGCCUUCACGUACGGAACCCGACAGAACUUCAGAGGUUUUGAUGAUAACAAUGAUGAUUUCCUCACAAUGGCAGAAUGUCAAUUCAUUAUCAAACAUGAACUUGAAAAUCUUAGAGCUAAAGAUGAAAAAAUGAUCCCUGGUUACCCCCAGGCAAAAUUGUAUCCAGGAAAAUCAUUAUUGAGAAGAUUGCUCACGUCUGGCAUUGUGGUUCAGGUGUUUCCACUGCAUGAUAAUGAAGCUCUGAAGAAGCUUGAGGACACCUGGUACACUCGGUUUACCUUAAAGUAUCAGCCCGUAGACAAUAUUCGUGGCUACUUUGGGGAAACCAUUGCUCUUUACUUUGGCUUUUUGGAAUACUUCACCUUUGCCUUAAUCCCGAUGGCCAUCAUUGGGUUACCUUACUACUUGUUUGCGUGGGAAGACUAUGACAAGUAUGUGAUCUUUGCCUCGUUCAACCUGAUCUGGUCCACAGUGAUCUUGGAAGUGUGGAAGCGUGGCUGUGCCAACAUGACCUACCGGUGGGGGACCCUGGUCAUGAAGAGGCAAUUUGAGGAGCCGAGGCCGGGAUAUCAUGGCGUUCUGGGUAUCAAUUCUGUCACUGGCAGGGAGGAACCUCUGUACCCCAGCUACAAGAGACAGUUGCGCAUUUACCUGGUUUCUCUGCCAUUUGUGUGCCUCUGUCUCUAUUUCUCUCUUUAUGUCAUGAUGAUUUACUUCGAUUUGGAGAUCUGGGCCUUGGGUCUACAUGAGAACAGUGGGUCUGAGUGGACCAGCAUCUUGUUGUACAUGCCCAGCAUCAUCUAUGCCAUCGUGAUUGAGAUCAUGAACCGUCUCUAUAGAUACGCUGCUGAGUUUUUAACCUCCUGGGAGAAUCAUAGAUUGGAAUCUGCCUAUCAGAAUCACCUAAUUCUGAAAGUUUUAGUGUUUAACUUUCUGAAUUGCUUCGCCUCCCUCUUCUACAUCGCCUUUGUCCUGAAGGAUAUGAAGCUUUUGCGCCAGAGCCUGGCCACUCUCCUGAUCACCUCCCAGAUCCUUAACCAAGUUAUGGAAUCUCUUCUUCCUUAUUGGUUCCAAAGGAAGCAUGGUGUGCAGGUAAAGAGGAAGCUUCAAGCUUUAAAGGCAGACAUUGAUGCUACAUUAUAUGAACAAGUCAUCCUGGAAAAAGAGAUGGGAACUUACAUGGGUACCUUCGAUGAUUACUUGGAGUUAUUCCUGCAGUUUGGUUAUGUGAGCCUUUUCUCCUGUGUUUAUCCAUUGGCAGCUGCCUUUGCUGUAUUAAAUAACUUCACUGAAGUCAAUUCAGAUGCCUUAAAAAUGUGCAGGGUCUUCAAACGUCCAUUCUCAGAACCUUCAGCCAGUAUUGGCGUGUGGCAGUUGGCUUUUGAAACAAUGAGUGUAAUAUCUGUCGUCACUAACUGUGCCCUGAUUGGAAUGUCACCUCAAGUGAAUGCAGUCUUCCCAGAGUCAAAAGUGGACCUUAUUUUGAUUGUUGUAGCCGUGGAGCAUGUGCUCCUGGCUUUGAAGUUUAUACUUGCAUUUGCUAUACCUGAUAAACCACGACAUAUCCAGAUGAAACUGGCCAGAUUGGAAUUUGAAUCUUUGGAGGCACUCAAGCAGCAGCAAAUGAAGCUUGUAGCCGAGAACCUGAAGGAGGACCCGAGGGAAAGCGAGGAGAAAGAGCCUUGAGCAUGCAGCGCACCCUGCUCCCCUCCCAUGGAAGCCUGUAUCUACGCCGCACCUGCCACUUGUGCGUGGACAGGAAGGUUACGGGGUGGCAGCAUGGCACCUGAAUCCACACUCAGUACUUGGCCAAAUGAAGUGGUACUUCCCUCAUGGCAAGCACCAUUCUCACUCUGCAAUGUCCCAGCUCAGCAUGGGCAGAAGAGAACAGCCAGGACCUCUGGCAGUUCUUGGCAUCUCCCAGCCCUGCCCUGCUCCUUCCAGGUUCCUUCUCAGCCCCGCAAGCCACUCCAGCGACCUGGCUUUGCUCCAGACCACUGCUGUCCUUACACCUCUCGCUACAAAGGAGCUGCCAGCUCUCCACAUUGCCCUCACGGUGACGUUCACUUCUGACCCCACCAGGGACCUGUGGAUGGGUUAUUAGGGUGUGUGCCUGCUGUACUUCCAACAGGAGCCGUCUGAAGGGGUGUUCUUGUCAAAGCCUCAGUUGAGAUGAAGGGGCACAGGAGGCAGCGUUGCCCACACUUGGACCUCUUUUCUUUCUCUCUUUCGCAAUAUGUUCACAGACUCCUUGUCAACAAAAACAAUAGUAAGAGAUAUUAAAGGCGAUAUGCACCUCUCUGACCACA